CUCAGCUUCUGGGUGGGUGCACCUUUCCUGCACAGACACACCAACUGGCUGCCCCUCUCAUUCUCUCUCUCCACGUGUGUAUGUGUGUGCAGCGUUCGGUUAUUCAGCUACUUUGCUGCUGGUGAGUGCCGAGACCGCCCUCUGCGCAGCCUGGUUUGCUCUCAUGGCGCAACCGCGGCUGUUUGGGGACGAGGAGAAGGUCAAGAGGAUGAGUGGCUUCCCUGUGCCGGGGCUCUUCACGCUGCCGCCCACGUACUGUCUGGUGCCGGUGCCUCCCACACGCAUGCUGACGGCGUCUGAGGACAUGUGGGGUAGGGAGCAGAACUGGGCCUUCUCUCUGGUGCGCAAGUAUGUGCCCUGCACGAGGGCGAUGGACGAGCUGGACUUCUGCCGACUGCUCAAGUACAUCGCCUACCUGGGGACAGCACUGGACUACCUGUCCGAUCUAGGUGGGCGCCAUGGCUGGACGCGUGGCAGCAUGCAGUUACUUAGUUCCUUGUUGUCCACCAGUCGUCUCUCACCCAGUGUUUGGUUGUUCAUGCUGUUGUUGCUCACUCAUGCAGCGGUGGGCACGGGCAUGGUCACCCACCACGGUGAUGCCCUCUGGCCCGGUGUGACCAUUCUGAUUCUCUGCCAAGUGGACACCGUGACCGCCGGCAUCUCUUACGGCAUCCGGACCAAGGCGACACUGCGGCAGCACGUCUACAUGUUCGCGGCCUCUCUGUUCGAGGUGCCCAUCCUGGUCCUGACCAUCCUGUACGGAGCAAGGUCGACCGACACUCUGACGAUCGUCAUCUCCAUCACGGCCACCUGCUCCACAAUACUCAUCAAGGGGCUCGCCAUGAUCCACACAAUCAGGAGGCAGCGGCUGCGAGCGAAGGGGGGUGACCUGGAGGGGAAGCCGAGCAUGACGCCACACACCAUGAGCACAGAGUGGCCCACUGAGACAGAAGGUGCAUAACCUGGAUGGAUGGGCUGGCGGGGAGGGAGAAGGGGGGGAGGGUUCGUGUCUUGAUGGACUGUGUCGUGUGUGAAAUUAACUAGGGAGGGGUCUGUGUGAGUUGUGGGUAAGACAGCACGCUGGCUGCAAUCUGGCCAGUCAGUCCUGUGAUUUUUCCUCUCUGUGCUCGUCGGUGUAUUCCGUGGUGGAUGGAUGGAUGGCUGCAAUCACUGAGUGUCGCUUCCUUGGUCUUUAUUGGAGCCUGUGGCUGGCUUGCACUGCACGAUGGGUAAUUAUGUGAUUUGUCUGUUGUGUCACGCGCGUGCAACUGAUGAUUUUGGGAUGAGACGUCUAUCUAUUUGUCGCACGAUGGACGGGAUGGAUUGGAUGGGUGGAUGCAAUCGAACCGAUGGAGCUUCGUCUUCGUUCGUCGGUGCCUGUUCGUAACUAAUCGGGAUGCUCUGCACCUCGCUCAAUCGCACGGAGGGAGGGAUGGGCUGAAUGGAUUGUGGCUGCCCUCUCUGUGCGUGAAUGUGCAUGUGUGUGUGGUGAAUUCAAUCGGCCAAGACAAUUCACUGUGGACGGUGACUGACGAUGCGAUGUGUGGGUGUUUUAAGCUGAUCGAGCAUGUACA